AUGGCGGAUAAAUACGCCACUUCACUCGACAACGUUGUCGACCCGCUCACUGUUCACAAGUUCAGCGAAGAAUGGGCAAUUUCACGAAAAGAAGCCGUCAAGUUAGUUUAUUGCAUUUUUCCAAAAAAAGAAUAAGCUGACAUAGAUCUGAUGAAUAAAUUCGUUUUUACAGGGUUCUCGAAAUGUACGUGAAAAACAAAUCGACAGCCGUGAAUCGUAUCUGGGCUCUUUACGAAAUCAGCGGAACAGUAUCUUCGUCGGAGUUCCCAUUUCUGGCGUCCACGGAGAAAAUCACAAAGCACCUGGUCGUUCCGGAAUCCGAUCUCGAGUCGGAAAUGGCCAAAUUUGAGGAGAUCUUGUCCACUUCUUUGCACAGUGUGCAAAGAACAAAUCCUAAAGACACACGAGUUUACGGACGAGCGUGGAAUAACAACGACGAUUUGAAGGGGGUCAGUGUACCACAGCAGGAGCAGAAGCAGAAGAAAGCGGAGGAGAAGAACCCAGCUCCGGAGUCUAUUGUGAAAAAGGAAAAAAGCAUGAUGUCGGAGGUUAGGUUCUGAAACAAGUUAGAACAAUUAUAAUUAUUUCAGCCAUCUGCUUCUUCCUGCUCUUCAAAACUAACGGAAACUGAAACUUCUGGUGCAGCUGCUGUGUCAGCCAAGAAGAACAAAACAACAACGACGGGACCGCCGAAAAAGCAAGCGAGUGUGAUGAAUAUGUUCGCCCGAAAAACCAAGGAAAGAACUCCUAAAAAAGAGAAAAAAUCAGCCUCACCACCGGCUCAGAAAACCCGGAAGCGUCCAAUUGUGGAGAUAGAUGAGGAAGAGGAGAAGCCGGUGAAAAAGGAGAAAUCUCCGGAGAGAAGUACAAUGUUCAACGCAUCGGAUGACGAUUUCCUGUCGUCGCGGGAAACCAGUGUCGAGAAGGAGCACUCUCCGCAGGCUAAACGACACAAAAACGAGACGAAGGAGAAUGUGAAGGCGCAAAAAACGAAGAGAAAGUUGCUUCUGCCAGAAUCAGACGAAGAAAAGGAAAAAGCAAUGAAAGUAGAAGCCGAAGAGUUGACAAAUGAGAAAAAAGUGGAGAAAUCGAAUGAAAGACGUCGUACUACUCGAAUGGAGAAGGUCGUGGAGACUUAUGUGGACGAAGAUGGAUAUUUGGGUGAGCUUAAAAAUUGCAAUGCUCCCAUUUUUUGUCCCUGUGGUCAUUUUCAUUUCAACAAAUUAAAAUACAUUUGCAGUGUCGAAAGAAGUGCAGAAGACAGUUGAGUGUUCGUCGAAAAAUUCACCGGAAAAGAAGCCGAAGAUAAUAACGGCGGCCGUUCCGGGCACCUCGAAAACGACGAAGAAAAAUGCGACGAUCACUUCUUUCUUCAAAAAACAAUGA